AGGCUGAGCUGCAGUUGUCCUGGCAUGCCACAGGCCACAUGCUUGCCAGCAAGGCUUCGGAGCUCCCUUCCAAGAUGGCCGAAGACAAUUCUCCAUACAAGGCCGUGGCCACAAAGUGUAGACGCAGCCGCACCAAAUUCACAGAAGAGCAAUUGAAAAUCCUCAUCAAUGCAUUCAACAAAAAACCUUACCCGGGUUAUGCCGCCAAACAAAGACUUGCUUUGGAAGUCAACACUGAAGAAUCUAGGAUCCAGAUCUGGUUUCAGAAUCGAAGAGCUAGGCACAGGUUCCUGAAAAGACCUGAGAAGAACUUAGACUUAAGACAAGACCGAGUUUACCCUGAAGAGAAUAUUCAAGGUAUGAGAGACAGACGAUGUCGUACCAGCUACACUUCUUCCCAAUUACAAACUCUCAUGAAUGCGUUCAUGGAAAACCCUUAUCCUGGGAUUGAUUCCAGAGAGCAACUUGCUGAAGAUAUUGGGGUUCCAGAGUCUAGAGUCCAGAUUUGGUUUCAAAACCGAAGAUCUAGACUCCGUAUCCAGAAAAAAAGAGAACCUGAAGAAGCUUCAGCCCAAAGACAAAACCAGGGACAAGAUCUCUGA